UGCAAUACGAGCAAAACAAGAAUGGCUGCCUACCACCCUUAUCACCCCACGCUCUACACUGCUCCUAGGACACCAUGCUUCUCCGGCUCUAGCUCACUAGGACAGACCGUCCACAAUGUCAUCACGGCUAGGGUAAGUCGAAAACAGAGCGUGAAGGCCGCCAUAGAUUGUGGCACAAAGCUUUCUGCAUGGACCAAUGUCCGGCGAGAACAUUGGGAAGGCGAUUUGGCCGUGGAAGGACACCUCCCUGCUUGGCUGAACGGCACAUACCUACGGAACGGGCCUGGUCUCUGGGAUGUCGGUGAGCACUCGUUCCACCACAUAUUCGACGGGUACGCCACACUCGUACGCAUCUCCUUCCGUCGAGGACGUGCCACCGGCGCACAUCGUCAUAUUGAGUCGGAGGCAUACAAGGCUGCCAUGGUGAACGGCCGGCCUCACCACCGUGAAUUCUCCCAGCUGUGCCCCCGCAGGCCUGGAAGCCUGCUCGACCGCCUGCGCAAUGUCAUCGGGCUCAGCAGCGGCACAAUGCUGUCCGACAACGCCAACAUCUCCGUGUUCCCCCUCGGCGAUGGACGGGUGAUCUGCCUCACCGAGACCACCAAGAGCUCCGUUCUGGUAGACCCGGAGACCCUCGACACGAUCGGCAAGUUUCGUUACGCCGAUAGGCUGUGGGGCCCGUUACAGUCCACUCACCCCGUUGUGACACGGACCGAGUUUCUGACGCUGCUCCCGGACCUCUUCCGGCGUGGCCACCGUGUCGUCAGGAUGGCAGCCGGGAGCAACGAGAGGAAAGUUCUAGGGAGAGUGCAUUGCCGAGGAGGGAUGACACCGGGGUGGGUGCACUCAUUUGCCGUCACGGAGAAGUACAUCAUCGUGCCGGAGAUGCCGCUGCGGUACUCGGUCACCGGCGUGCUCAAGUCUGAGCUCACACCGUGGUACAUCUUUGACUGGGUACCGGAGUCCGGGAGCUAUAUGCAUGUCAUAUGCAGGCUCACCGGGAAGACCGUGGCGAGCGUGGAGGUACCUCUUUUCAUGGCAUUACACUUCAUCAACGCAUACGAGCAGAGAGAGGAUGACGGCGACAGGACAGGCGUGCUCAUCGCUGACUGCUGCGAGUACUAUGCCGAUCCUUCUAUCAUCAAGGCGCUAGCACUCCAUAGACUAAGAUCACCUGGGAUUAACAAGGAUACAUUUCCAGAUGCUAGGGUGGCCCGAUUCAGGAUACCGCUGGACGGAACCCCCGUGGGCGAGCUGGAGACGGUGGUGGACCCUGACGUGCAUGGCCGGGGAGUGGAAUUGUGUUCCAUCAACCCGGCCUACCAGGGCAAGGAGUACCGUUAUGUUUACGCCUGUGGCGCGCAGCGGCCAUGCAAUUUCUUCAACUCCCUCACUAAGAUCGACCUGGUCAAAAAAGAGGCCAAGAACUGGUAUGAGGCGGGGUCGGUGCCAUCGGAGCCCUUCUUUGUGGCGAGACCAGGAGGAACUGAUGAAGAUGACGGAGUUGUGAUAUCUAUUGUAAGCACCACACAAGAUGAAGGCUAUGCGUUGCUACUGGACGCGGCGAGCUUCGAAGAGAUUGCGCGCGUAAGGUUCCCCUAUGGCCUUCCCUAUGGCUUCCACGGCUGCUGGAUACCCAAGAAAAUUUGAGCGCACCGUGUUUCUCAUCAGUUUAAUAAACUGGAACUGAUAUCACAAGAUAGCAGUUAGCUUCAGUCCAUCGAUUUAUUCACAAACAAAUUUACGUUGUAGAUAUCGUUCCUCCUUCCCAUUACAUAGUCGUAAAGGUUGUAAGCAUGUUGGAGAUCGGGGCAAUUUCGUAAGUGAAAAAGGUUUGCUGGCUCAUAUGCCGACACAUCCAGUUCUAGAUGACUCUAGAAAUCUUCUUGUCAGAAUAAGCACAAAGUUUUCUUCUAGCUCUUGCUUCGGGACAGACUCAGCACUAGAGAACUUCUAGGAGAAGGUACAUUCAAUUGCCCUCCUAUAACUGUGCUUGCGGUACUCUGGGAGUUGAUGAGUCCCUAUCUCAUAUGUUCCUAUCCUGCCCUUUUGCACAAGCAUGUUGGCUCAAGAUCAAUAUCACGUUCGUUGAGACUGAUCCUUUCUUAGCUUUGGAAGAAAUUAAAGCUCAGCUUAGCCUACCCUUCUUCAUGGACAUCAUCAUCCUUUUUUGCUGGAGCAUUUGGAUGCAGAGGAAUGAUCUUAUCUUCAAAGGAAUCCAGCCCACUCCGGCUGCCUGCUUUCAACACUUCAAGAAUGAAUUUGUCCUGGCUAUCCUAAAAGCAAAAGUAAGACACAAAACAACAAUGUUGGAAUGGCAAGAAGCCCUUGUGUAAUUUCCUAGA